CGACCGGACAGCGGAGUGUGCUGCUGUGCUGUGACUGCUGUGGAGAACAGGGGAGCUAUGCACAACAGUGGGAAGCAACACAUGGGACUACAGAGAGCUAAGCCAAACGUCUGGUAAAUCAUCUCCUGACAGCUUGGGAUAUACCGAGAGAAGACCAAAUCCAACCAUGGUUUCCAUCGAGCAUGUAGCCCACAAGAUACUGACUUACAUCCCAUAUGUUCUUGUUUUGAUUGACAUGCGAUACGAGGGAGUGAAAUGCGGGAAGGAUGGAAGUGUCGACAAUCACAUGGAAAUGGGAAAGAAACUUCUUGCUGCUGGACAGCUGGCUGAUGCCCUCUCACAUUUUCAUGCUGCUGUGGAUGGAGACCCCAAGAAUUAUAUUGCGUACUACAGGAGGGCUACAGUGUUUCUUGCAAUGGGAAAAUCAAAGUCUGCACUGCCAGACCUAAGCAGAGUCAUUGAACUCAAACCAGACUUCACAUCUGCACGCCUUCAGAGAGGAAACCUCCUUCUGAAGCAAGGAAAGCUGGACGAAGCAGAAAGUGACUUCAAGAAGGUGCUCAACUCCAACCCUUCGAACAAAGAAGAGAAGGAAGCUACGAGCCAGCUGGCGAAGUCCGAUGAACUCCAGCGGCUUGUGGCCGAGGCGCACCGCAGCUACGGCAGCAAAGACUACAUGACAGCUGCUGCCCAGCUUGAGGCGAUAAUUGAGACCUGCGUUUGGGAUGUGACCUCUCGUGAGAUGAGAGCAGAGUGCUUCAUUCAGAUGGGAGAGAUGGGGAAGGCCAUCAGCGACCUCAAAGCUUUGUCCAAGCUGAAGAACGACAACACCCAGGCUUUCUACAAGCUCAGCACCAUCUACUAUAACCUCGGAGACCACGAGAUGUCACUCAAUGAGGUGCGCGAGUGCCUGAAGCUGGACCCGGAUCACAAGCAGUGUUUCAGCCAUUACAAACAGGUCAAGAAGCUCAACAAACAGAUCCAGUCUGCAGAGGAGCUCAUCCGAGAGCAGAGGUUUGAGGAGGCAGUGAGUAAAUAUGAAGCCGUUAUGAAGACUGAGCCCAAUGUUCCCCAGUUCUCUGCUCUGGCCAAGGAGAGAAUCUGCCACGCACUUUCACAGGCUCAGCAGGGGGCCAGGGCGGUCUCAGCGUGUAGCGAAGUCCUGCAGUCGGAUCCUGAGAACGUGAACGUGCUGAAGGACAGAGCCGAGGCCUACGUUCAAGACGAACAGUAUGAAGAAGCCAUUAAAGACUACGAGACUGCAGCAAAACACAGCGAGAACGACCAUGAGAUUAAAGAAGGCCUGGAAAAAGCUCAGCGACUUCUCAAACAGUCACAAAGGAGGGAUUACUACAAGAUUCUUGGAGUGAAGAGAACUGCCCAGAAAAAAGAGAUUAUCCGUGCCUACAGAAAACUGGCCCAACAGUGGCAUCCUGACAACUUCCAGGACCCGGAGGAGAAGAAGAAAGCAGAGAAGAAGUUCAUAGACAUCGCUCAGGCUAAAGAGGUUCUCACCGAUCCAGAAAUGAGAACCAAGUUCGACCAUGGCGAAGACCCCAUGGAUCCAGAGAGCCAGCAGGGCCACCAUCACCCGUUCCACGGAGGUUUCCACGGCUUCCAGGGUUUCAACCCGUUCGGCUCCGGACCCUUCAACUUCAAAUUCAGCUACAACUGAGAAGUCUUGGUAUAAAGCACAAGUGGAGCGGAUUUUCCUUUCCUCCCUAUUUGAAAGGGAGAUCACUGGCAUGAAAAAAACAUGUCAGUUCCUAAGUGUCAGAAAAAUGUGGAGUGAAUGGUGACUUAAUUAAAAACUCAUCUCUGUUGUUGAAUAAUGCAACCUCGAGUGCCGCCUGGGGGCUGGGGCGGGUAUAUCUGUAUCUGCCUUGUGUGAAGCAGCUUAUUUGUCAACAUGAAGUUCAUUCUGACAUUCGGAUUGUUUCCAUGUGUCUCACACUCUGCAAUUCACAUCCACUCACCUGAUUAAAUUUAUUCAUAAACACUAUUUUUUAUAUGAAUGGAUUUUUGCUGAACUGUAAAUAAAAAAAGCUAUUUAUGUACAUGAAUCUGGAUUUGGUGAAUUGCUAUAAAAAACAGGAAAAUGCACCUGGCAUAUAGUUAGAAACAUGCAUAUGUUUGUAAUUUACUGAAUCCAUCCAUCCACUGAUGACCUGUGAGAUAAGAACUUAGAUUUUAUAGCAAAAGUUUAUUUUUUCUAUCCACCCUCUCGUUACAUAAUAUUAAUAAACAUUGCUUUUUGACAUUUUACAAUAAAACAAAGGUGUCCUGAGAGCAGUCUGGAUAAACUUGUUUAAAAACAUCACUUCUUAAAAUGGAAACACUACAUGUUGGCUUGAUUUGAGCAGUAAUACACCCUCUUAAUCCUGAGACAAAAAUCACUGGAUGUCUGAAGAAGUCACAUAAUUAACAUUGAAAUAAGUAAAAAUUUGACAUGCUACCUAUAAAAACAUGACUUGAGGAUUCUUUGUUCUGAUGGGAAAACUGAAGCUGAGUACCAAAGACAGACCACCAUUUGUCCAACUCCACUCUGUAAACGCAUAGGUUUCCCCCAUUGGCUGCCUUCUCUCUGAGCACGGACUCAGCGUACACUACCAGUUAAAGAAACAGUACACAUAAGAAGCCGGUAAAAUAACCUCCUCCCUAGUGAUGAUGGUUUUUUGAUGAAAGUUAUCUGAAUGUGUGCAUGUAGUUGUAUUCCAGAUGUUUAAUAGGAGAAGAAUUUUGGUAAAAAAAAAAAAAAUAGUUG